AUGUGCUUUGGAACGAAAAAGCAGGGCUCCAACUUUACAGACGGGCCAAACACGCAGCCCCAAACGAAACCACCCCAAAAUGGUGCGACGACUGAAAUAACACAGCAGACUACUAUGGCUCCUGUUAACGUAGCUAUCAUCAUCUACAGCAUGUACGGCCACGUCGUCAAGCUGGCUGAAGCUGAGAAAGCCGGCGUCGAGAAAGCAGGGGGCAAAGCUACCAUUUACCAAGUCCCAGAGACCCUACCCGAAGAAAUCCUCACCAAGAUGUAUGCACCUGCCAAGGGAGAUUUCCCCAUCGCAACGCCCGACGUCUUGACACAGUACAAUGCGUUCCUCUUUGGUAUCCCUACUCGGUAUGGUAACAUGCCUGCUCAGUGGAAGGCUCUAUGGGACGCUACUGGUCAGCUGUGGGCUACUGGCAAGCUCGCAGGCAAGUAUGCCGGCGUGUUUGUAUCGACUGCUGGGCAUGGUGGAGGUCAAGAAUCGACUGUGAUCGCUACCAUGUCUACGCUCGCGCAUCACGGUAUCCUUUACGUGCCGUUUGGGUACUCGCAUGCUUUCCCUCUGCUCGCGAACUUGGAGGAGGUUCAUGGAGGAUCACCCUGGGGAGCGGGUACAUUCGCAGGACCAACCGGCGCGCGCCAGCCAUCUCCACUCGAACUCGAGAUUGCGGAGAUUCAGGGCAAGGCGUUCCAUGAUAUUGUUAGCAGGGUCAACUUCCAGUAAGCAGGUGUUCUCGUGUGUGUGCUUCCUAAGCAGCUUGGAAAGCAUGUCGAGUUCUCGCCUCUGGUGAACAACGGCAACCCCUCUACUAGCCUUUUUGUACAUCCGUGAUUGUUUCGUUUUGGUCAAUGCAUGUCUUCUGUAUGGAACGU